AUGGCUCCGACAACACUCAUCACUUUUCUCGUUCGCACUCCUCCCUCCACCCGAUCCGUCAGCCUUCAUGGUUCCUGGGACAACUUCUCCACCCCGUACCCCAUGCAACGGGAUUCUCGCACAGGCCCUGAGCAUUGGUCAGGCUGCCAUAGCUUUUCCAACAUCAUAUGCGAUGGCGACCUGCAACCGAAUGGCGUUCCCAGGGAAGGAGGACUCAAAAUGGGCGGUACUUAUUGGUACUAUUACAAGCUUGACGACGAAAUCGAAUUUCACAAUUCGGCAGAACCCUCAACGACGUCUUGUCCUCUUCUACCUGGUCAGCUCGUCAACGUUUUGAACGUACCCUUCGCCCUCAGCACUAGUCGUCCUCGAAAUGACAGUGUCAGCUCUACCGGCUCCGAGUACCGUACCAUGAAUCCCACCGACAAAUUCCUCAAUCCUCGUCCUGUCCCAGCAAAGCCGUCAUUGCCCCGUCUAAAGACCUCGCCAACUUUCCCACAACAAUCGUGGUCAUCAUCUAGCUCUCCCGUCAGUGCUUCGUCGAGACAAGGGAGAUCGACCACCUCCCGGGGCCCAUCUCAGCCGGGCAGUGCCAAUACCUUCCGGGUCAUCCGACUCACCAAGAAGCCGUCUGUGGAGGGACCGAGCAGGUCGACUUCCAGAGGGAGUAACAGGUCGGUUGGUAUUAUGAGCGCCUUUCGAGCUCUGGCAUCUCCGCGGAUGGCCAGUCCUGAGGCUGGUGUCGAUCGUGGACGCGCCGCCACGGUGGACGAAAACCCACCAGUUCCUCUCUCUCGAGCUCCUUCCGGACGCAGCAUCACGCCCAAAAGGUCUGGCCUCGGACAGAUGUCUCCCGUUGCCGAAAUUGCUCCCACUGCAGCCUCCGGGCCAAAUCGAGAACUUGCUCUACGCCGAGAAUUUGACCAAACGGCGGACGGCGUGGCUGCUCUGACGAUGUCCUCAUUUGGACAACAUCGAAGACAAGGAUCGCUCUCACGAGAACCAUCAACACUGCGUAACUCUCUAUCAUUAGAAGGAGACUCUGAACAGGCAUCACUUGAUCAGCCCAACGUCCACUAUCACCCGCUCGAGACGUUGAAAGAAGUUUUGUCCGCCUCGAACACCCCUGUUUGGCCGGUUACGGCAAUGAGAGUAGAAGAGGGCGAUUCCGUCGACGAGAAGCAGAUACCUCUCGAUCUGGAAAAGCGAUUACCGACUUUACCCAAUACACCAUCGUCUGCAUAUCCUCCGAGCAAUGUGGAUGAAUCUCCAUCAAACCGUCUUUCUGACGACAUUGAACACCUCCAAAGUCGCUUUUCGAGCACGACUAUCGAAACCGAAUCCCACACGGACAGCUACAUUCCCCAUGAACGAAGCCACUUUUCCGACUGGACAUAUGAUACUGCCAAACUUUCUCCUCAGUCGGAAUAUGACCCGAGUAUCAUUGAUUUUGAACCCAUGAGUCCAGCAGCAGAGGACGAAUUUGAAUUCCGAGAUAUCCAUCCUAUCGAUGUUACCAGUGAAGGCGAUCAUCGAAUUGAUCUCGAGACCAAGAGAUACUCAGCAGCCAAGCAGGAUGGAUUACCCUCUGCUUCCAGUUUCUCGACCGUCAGCUCGGUGGCUUCCUCGGCCACCCCCAGUUCUCAUGUGGAUCUAGAUGGUGCCAAAGAGGCCGAGUUCGCAUGGAGCAAAUUCCAACAUUACAGCUUACCCACCGAAGAUGUUGGAUCUGGAGUUACCCUCAAGAGAGCAUCUACGACCGAGAAAGUAGCGCCCUUGGUCGUGGAUGAGCAUCAUCGCCCUGGAACUUUCCAGCCUCAGUUGACCUUUGAUGGACCUGCUAUUCCUCACUCAACCAGUAUGCAACAGCUUCUCGAUGAACUGAGUUAUCUCGGUGGCAUGAUCCAACAGAAUUAG